AAUCCUGCUGGUGAAAGAUCUCUGCAGGGCCUCUAUUUUCAUGAUGUCUCCUACUUUGUGAGGAGACCAGAGCUGGCAGCAAUAUUCCACACGGGGCAGCACCAGAGACUUCCAAAGUGACAGCAUGCAGGUACUGUCCCUUGUCUUGAAAGUUCUCUGGAUCCAUCCAGCCAGCUUCCUUCCUGUAUGCACUAUGUUUGUGAUGUGGUUUGUGAAGGUGGCAUCAUCACUCAUGAGGACUCCCAAGUCUCGCACUGAACAGCAUUACUAUGGUCGCAAGCAAAACUGCUACAGUGUUGCAAUCAAGUAUGUUCAUCGAGCUCUGCGAUACAAUACUUUGGCAAGAAAACUGAGGAAAAAUGAUGCCAGAGAAUUGUGGACUACACGUAUUAGUGCUGGCUGCACAGAGCUGGGCACCAAGUAUCCAGACAUGAAACUCAUGAUGGAUGAGAGCAGCAUUGCCUUGGAUAGAAACAUGUUGCAAAACUUGGCCAUAUGGGAGCCACGAUCUUUUAGGGCCCUUGCACUGCUCACUAAGAGCAGGCAAGAAGUAGGUCUGAAUUCCCUUGAAGGUCCUAGUCCAGUAGGUGUGGUCACCCGGGGCAUGCUAUGAAGUGUUUCCUUUCAAGAUUGACUGUAUGUCAAUGCUGAGAAAUGUAUUCUGCAAGCCAAAUGUAGAAAGAUGUACAGGUUUUAUUAUCCUUUUCUUAAAAGAUUAUGUUUAUAAAUGAGAGUAUGUAGAAAGAUUGUAUUUAUGUAUCUUUAUGAUGAAUUACUUGUAUGCCUCUGUAAAAUACAUAUCAACUAGAAUGCACAAA